CUUAAACAUCCUCGGCCAACAAUUCCUUUCUGAGUGAAAAGACAGCUCCUUCUAUGAUCUAUACUUUCACCAAGGACCAUAACAUCAUCAUCGAGAUAAUAAACGAUGGAUUUGUCGCUCGUCUCUGCCACAUCUGACUUGUUGCGCACUUCUUAUUUCUCUUUAGGCUGCUACAGAGUAACCGCGGCGCUUUAAAAUGUUUCCCUUCCGUCUUUUAUCUUCUCAAAAAGAAAACACGAUUUCGUGCAAGUCGACUUCUGUCUGGAAGGACUCGUAUGGGAAAGACGCGGACGAUACUUUAGCUGGUUGAGAAACCCUGGCAGGUGAGAGAGAAACGGGGAUUCCUGACAGCGUCUCGUGCACGCGCUUGAAUCCAUACGACUUUUUGAAGAUGAUCACGAGCAGAUGCCGCACAAGUGGAUUGUGUGUUCACAUACUUUACAGCCUUCUUUUACUGUGCAUCAAGAAAAUGGACGGACUGUCGGACUUUUCAAAUUAUCUGUAUAGGAUUCUCAACAGUCAUUCAGAACAAGCCUGUGAUGGAGAUCUUCUGCUCCUCAGGUGCCCACGACACUCAACCAUAACUGUUCAGUCUGCGUUUUAUGGGCAGACUGAAGCCCUUCCCGGGAUUGUGCCAGGAAUUACAUGCCAAUGGCGUAAUCACAGCUGUUCUGCCACCACAGCACUGCAGAAAGUGAUUCACGAAUGUCAGGGUCAUAGAGACUGCCAGAUGCUGGUUAAUCAUCAAGUCUUCGGCCAAGACCCUUGCCCUGGAACCCCCAAAUACCUCCAUGUGUUAUACAGUAUUUGUCCUAUAGCUGAACACAAAAAGAAAGUAGCGUGUGAGGGCGAUCGACUUUUGCUCCACUGCAAGUAUCCGAAACUGCUUAAUAUCUACUCUGUUGUGUACGGAAGACUGAUGGAGGAGGAAGAGUCUUGCCCAUCAAAGAUAGGAGAACCCCCAACACCCUUCGAAUGCCGUUUUCAUGGAGCCAUGGAUGUGGUGACAAACCUCUGUUAUGGUAAACAGAGGUGUUGGUUUACCAUAGAUGAGAAGCAUUUCAAAGACCCCUGCCCUCCUGGAACAAAAAAGUAUCUUACUGUACUCUAUGCAUGUGUUCCACAAAGUUUACUGAAGGAGGCUGAUCCCAACAGUUUCCAAACUACCUCAGUUACUAACCAGAGCACCAAAGAAGUGGAACACCCAGUUGUCAGAACUUCAAAGUUUCCAGAAAACAGGAUUAUUGUCAGCAAUUCUUUAAUGGCGUAUGGCUACAUUACAGAGCAUCCAGAGAUGGCAGGCCUACUCUUCACUUCAAGUGUUUGUGUUGGGCUUCUGAUCAUCCUAAUAGCUGUUUCAACACAUAUAACCUGCAGCAGACAUUUUAAUAAACCUAGAAUGCUCGGUAAGAAGAGAAGAGCUGCUAAACUAGAAGAAGAGGAACCAAUGAAUCAGGAUAUUGAUGAUGAAGAAGAGAAUGGGUCAGAGUCAUCAACGGACAGCUCUACCCUUACAGAAAUAGGCAGGAAGUUGUACUGUUGGGAGGAUGUGACGUACACUACAGAGGCAGCAGAACUGAUGGAGAGGAUUGAACGACGAGAGCUUGUAAUUCAGGAGAUCAGGAUGAAUGCAUACCUCAAUGGAAACACAUGCAUCUUGCAUUCAUACUUGCCAUCUAUUAAGCAGAAUGUGCAAUAGCUGGGGUUCAAUUCUAAUCUGGGACAGGGGCAGCAAUAUUAGAUCUGUUUUAGUGCCUGACUUUAGUGUCCAAAACUAUUUAAUUCUGCUACAAGUUAGCUAUUGGGUUUUUUACUCAAAUUAAUGUUAAGCUAUGUAAAGAAAAAUGUAUUUUAUAAAUUAUUGCUUUUAUUAAACAUUAAAUUAUGUUGCACAAA